UUGCAUACGGUUUUAGUUCCGCAUGAAGCAGCCGAGUUAACGUCGCUUCACUUUUGCGUUUGAUACACGCGACAAAACACAAACAAGUCACCGUACUGUGUCGUACACGACACCAGCAAGAACAUACAGGGUGGAGCAUGAUGGCUCAGACGGCUGCCUUGCUGUGGCGACAAGUGAGACCGUUGCAGACCGGGAGACUAGCGGCGGCGGCUACAACUCCACUCCGCCUGCGGUCCGGACACCGGCGGGGGAUGGCGACAGCUGCGGAGGCAACAAAAGAUGAGGAGAGGUUCCACUGGAAGGACCUACCCUGGCAGGCCAUCUCUAUAGGUGUAGGAAUCGGAACCUUGUUGUACAAGACCCGCAAGAGCGAAGAGUUGGAGCUUCGCAGGAACAACCUGGCGUACGUCAACAGCCAACUCUCCCAGCUGUACGGUCCUCUGUACGGCAACAGGCUGGCCAAUCACAGGAGCUACAAGGAGGCUCUCCAGGGUCACGACAACCUGGUGAAAUUUCUCCGGGAAGCCGAGAGAAAAUGGCGGGACCCGGACACAACGGAUGAAGGGGUACGGUUGUUGACGAGAUGGCGCAAGUUUCUGUUUUACGUCAUGCAUCCGCUGGAUCUGAAGGCUGAGGAAAUCAUACGUGACAACGCACAUCUGUUUGAGCACGGAGUUGAGGAGGCCGACCUCUUUCGGAAGUUCGUCUUCCACGUCAACUACGAGAAGAUGAUCGUGGCCAACUGGCAGGAGAAGGGGGAGGUCCUCGGCAGCAAGGAAGUCUUCGAGGAAAGGGAUUUCUCCCGAGAAACCAACGCUGGGAAGUCUGACCUGGAGACUUUUGACAUGUUUGGUCAAGUCGUUGAACAUGUGAAGGAAACGUACGAAAAACUCGUGGAAAGGAAAAAGUCCCUGAUGCGAGAAAUAGAGGAAAGGGGCGGGCACUAA